UUGACAGAGUUCAGAGUCUCUUUACGGUGAUGUCUCGUCGCUCAUUUUACCGUGCUGUUGUGCGUUGUGUCAGCCCGUCGGUAAAUUCGCAAGAGAGUCACGCGUCCACGACGAUCCCGGGUCCGUUCACUGGGAUAGCGACGACACCGUGAACCGAGUGUAAUCAGCGGGCAGUGUGUGGUGCUGUGGAGCAGGGGACGAUGAGGGCCGGAGGGAUAAUUCGGGUGGCGACUUGAGGGCAGAAAUGUUGAAGUUUGGCAGCAAAAGCGACGUAACGGUGGUGCAUCGCGCCACUAUCCGACUCCUAGACGACGCCGAAAUUAUCCACUGUGACUUUCAGCCUCAGCACAAAGGAAGAUACAUCCUCGAAUAUGUAUGCAAGCAACUCAAUAUCAUGGAAACGGAUUAUUUCGGACUUCGAUACGUGGAUCAUUGCAGACAGAGACAUUGGUUAGACCUGGCAAAAACGGCGAUUAAACAAGUGAAAGACAUGGACCCGAUUCUGUUUAGUUUUCGUGUAAAAUUCUAUCCACCGGAUCCUCUAAGGCUAAAAGAAGAAAUAUCUAGGUAUCAGAUUUACCAGCAGCUCAAAAGGGACCUUCUUCAUGGGCGACUGUAUUGCAGUCCAGGUGAAGCAGCGCUGCUGGCGGCGUGCAUUGUGCAAAGUGAAUUGGGCGAUUACGAUCCAGAAAUUCACGAAGGGAAUUAUAUUUCCGCGCACAAAUUGCUGCUCAAACAGACGGAGGCUAUCGAAGAGAAAGCCAUGGAUCUGCAUCAAACACAGUUAAAGGGAUUUACGCCGGAACAAGCCGAAACUCACUUCCUUAGGUUAGCUUCUCAGUUUGACACGUAUGCCGUUGACCCGCAUCCCGUUAAGGACCAGAAAGGUGUACAGCUCUAUCUUGGUAUUAAUCACUGUGGCAUUCUAACGUUUCAAGGAUCUCGAAAAACACAUCAUUUCCGCUGGCCGGAGGUUCAGAAGAUCAACUACGAAGGAAAAAUGUUUAUCGUGCAUUUAACAAUAAGUGAGGACGUGAGGACGAAGAAAAAGCACACUGUUGGGUUUAAGUGUCCCACGGGGUCUAACUGUCGCCACGUAUGGAGAUGCGCCAUCGAGCAAAUGUUAUUUUUCACAUUACCCAGGGCGUCAGACGCGCCCGUCGUAAGCGGAGGAUCUAUAUUCUCAUGGGGCACAAAGUUUAAAUACACCGGACGAACGGAGAAAGAAGUUUUAGAAGAAAUGAGCCCACGUCGGAAGGAUGAUUCACCUACGGACCGAUGCCAGAGUUCGUGUGUUAGAAGAAAAGCUAGCAGUGUUCCAGCCACCCCGAGUACCCCUAGUCAAGACCUCGUUGAAAUAAGAUAUUCCAGUCUGCCCCGGAGCUGUCAUAGCGCAGGCUUGGAUGGCGCUGGAAUGUCAGAGGGUAGUUCAGGAAUUCCAUUUAGUACGCCUUACUGUCCGGAUAAUACAUUGCCGCUCCUGGAAACUGUUUCGGAGGACCAAGAGAUACACGCCAGGAGAAAUAACGCCGUAGACGAAAAAGAUACGCAUGCGAGUGCCACCACCCACAACACCACCACCACCACCACCACCACUACCACCACCUCCAACACCACCACAAACCGAAAUGCGAAAGUUAGACUGAAAUUCCCAAAGAGCACGCCGAGUCGACCGCAACCGUUGUACAGUCGAAAGAUAGUGAUAAGCACCGAGGAUUUAGUCGGUCGUGACAUCGAUUACGUCGUACGGGAACGUAUUAACGCUCUCGAGAAGAGCCCGAGGGUGGUGCGCUCGACCGCCCUGAUAAUAAAGAGCUUGAAAGUGUCGGCGACAUCGUUGAAAAACGGCGAACGGAUCGGAAACGAAACGUACAUAUUGCCCGAUGCCGAUUCAGGAACGAUCAUUACCACGGUGAUCGACGGUCUGUACGAUCGAAAUCGGACGACCGGUAAGACGAUACUGUGCAGAUCCGCGGAGCAGGUAAGCACGCUUGAACGCCGAGAAACGGAGAACACGCCGCAGCGUAGCGUCAGCGCAACGACGAAAACGGCGAACGGUCGCGUGCCAUCGACGAGAACCGACGUUGGGAACGUUAGGAAUGGAGUCGAGGCGACGAGGCCGCUGGAGAGGAAAGUCGGUCAGCACGAAGGAGACGUAAACGACUACUACUUCAGGGACUCGUUCGAUCAUUCGUCGUCCGAGAGUCAGUUGCUGGACGCGUCCGGUAAACCGCAGAGUCGUUCGGUGACGCCAGUGCCGAAGAUGCAGAAGCUCCAGAACUCGAAGCUCUGCCUUCAGCAGCAACACCAGCAACACCAGCAACCCGGUCGACGUUUGGACAAGUCCAGGCAGAAGAGUCUACGGAUAGUGAAGCUUUUCAUACCGGCGUUUGUGCUCACGAUCACGGUUCUGUUCGUUGUGAUCGUUCUGGUGUUCGAAACAGACACGAUGCUUUUCAACAGUCUGCGGAAGACGCCGGAGAUGGUGGCCUUAAGGAACCAAUAUUAUGUCCCCAUCAAGGAGUUCCUGAGGACAAAGCUCGGCCUAUUCUGAUGCGACCCGACAAUGAUCCGGGCUGGGGUCGUCCUUUCUUGCUAAGUAGCUACCCUUCAGUGCCAAGUCGAGAGAACGAUCUUGCCUGGACCGAGGGGGCGAGAAUCUAUUCACGCCGUUUCUCUGUCACGUGUCCACACCCC